AUGAGAAUAAUUUUAACGGAAUGCAAUUAUAUUNACUGGUGGGUCUGGUCCAUCGGGCUUCUUUGGUCUGGCAUGUUGUUACCAGGGGCCAAGCCCCGGGUGUCUGGUGUGGUAGUUGGCUUCUCUUCCACAUUAGACGAAAAUAAUGAUAUUUCCGAUAACAGUCAGUUAAUCAUUUUUAUUCGAACAAUUGAUAAAGAUUUUAAUAUACAUGAAGAAUUACUUCAAAUAAAAUCAUUAAUUACUGGAACUAGAAGUAUAGAUAUUUUUAAAACAUUGAAAAAAGUUAUUUCAGAUUUUGGUUCAUUUGACAAUUGCACUGGCAUAAUCACUGAUGGUGCUCAAGCUAUGGUUGGGAUACAUACUGGUUUAGUAGGAAAUUUAAGGCAAAUAGGGCUUAAAUGUUUACUUAUUCAUUGUAUUAUUCACCAGGAAACCCUUUGUGGCAAGUUUGUUAAAAUAAACGAAACUAUGAAAAAAGUGAUAAGCAUUGUUAAUUUUAUUCGAGGUGGUAACAAGGAUCAAAGAGGGCAUUUAUUAAAUUCUUAG